AUGGUUCAGUACCAGUAUAUUGCCCUCGCCGCCACUGCCGUCACUGCCGUCACCGCCGCCACGGACAAGAUCUCGGUCCAAGUUUAUCGCAACUUGGAAAUCGCCAAGCAGUCGAACGUCGUGGUGAAAUUUCACUGUGACGAGGCCCUCGCCACCCACCGCCGCCGACUCAAGAGCGGCGCGUCUCGCACCGAAACCAUCGAGUCGCUGGUUGAUUCGUUGAAGGAGCACACCACAAAAUCUCAGGCGUCGGUCAAGUCGCUUCUGGCCAACCAAGUUGAAUCGACGGCUGUGGAAGUGGCCACGACAUGGAUCGACUGUGCCAUGCACGUCAACAACGCCUCCACCAACCUCAUCCAGAAGAUCGCGGCGUUGCCGGAAGUCAAAUCCAUUUACGAGCCAGUUACAAUGACACUCGAUGAAACCCAAAGCGAUGACAAACCAGUAAGUGCUGUCAAUCAUGACAUCGAUUGGGGGAUGAAGAAGAUCCAAGCGCCGGCGCUGUGGGCCAAUGGCAUCGAGGGCGAAGGUAUUGUCGUGGCCAACAUCGACUCCGGGGUUCGCUAUACCCACGAGUCAUUAAAGUCGAACUGGCGAAGAGAAUACGGUUGGUUCGACCCUUACAACAAGACGAACACGCUGCCCGACGACAAGUGGGGCCAUGGCACUUCUGUCAUGGGCAUCAUGGUGGGAACGAAAGGUAUUGGUGUCGCCCCCAAAGCCAAGUGGAUUGCGUGCAAAGCGUGCAAGUACGAUUGCAGUACACUUAUGUUGGUGGAAUGCGCUCAAUUCCUGCUUUGUCCCCACAACAACGAUGGCAAGAAAUGCGACCCCAGCAAGGCCCCUCAUGUGAUCAAUGGCAGCUUUGGACAUAUCACCAAGGACUUUUAUUUGGAAGAUAUGAUUACAAAGUGGAGAGAAGCGGGAAUCAUUCCCGUGUUUGCGAUCGGCAACCACGGCCUUCAAGGAUGUACGUAUUCAGGUUAUCCUGGCAUCUCCCCUCAAGUGAUUGCUGUCGGCAACACUGACGCCUACGAUACUUUGGCGUUCGAUUCAAGUUUGGGACCUUCCAUCCAUGGAGUAGUCAAACCCGACAUUUCGGCUCCUGGUUUCGACAUCCGUACCCCAGGACACUCCAGCGAUGAUAGUUUUAUCUGGAGCAGUGGCACAAGCAUGGCUGCGCCUCAUGUUUCUGGAGCCAUCGCCUUGUACUUGUCUGCCAAAAAUGGCGCCUCGUACGACCAAGUGUACAGGGCCCUGACCGAGAAUGCGGACACGAACACGUUAAAUCCACCCAACAAGACCUGCGGUGGCAUUCCCAACACGCAGUAUCCCAACAACCUCUUUGGUCACGGCCGCUUGAAUAUCUUCAACGCCGUGGCUGCUAGCAUCAGCGGCCUGACUCUUCCCCCGCCAUCCGAGUCCACUCAAGUCCUGAACCCGACCGAUGACCUAAGCGAUGACCUAAGCACGUGUGGCACCUUGGAAGACAACACGCACUAUAUUGGCGGCGACUUGGCUUCGUUCAAUCUGACGACUGUUGAAUCUUGCUGCGCUGAAUGUAAAAGGACACCGCGAUGCAAAUUGUUUGUGUGGUAUACCCUCAACGGUGGCUUGUGCCGGCUCAAGGACACCCAGGGUCGAAAGGUGCAUGUGGACGGAGCCAAGGCUGGCGUGCUACUAGCCCCAGCCUCGGGACGACGGCCGUAG